AUGCGUUUAUAUUGCCAUGGCAUGAUGCCUAUAGUAAAUGAUCAGCCAGGUUCAAAUGGUGAAUGUAGUAUUAAUGGUGCAUCCGAAAGUUGUGAAUACUACAGCAGUGAAUCGAAGGGAGUUAUUCUUGUUGAAACUGUAGGAGGCAAUGGAAGUAUGGGAGGAAGUGCUGGCCAUGGUCAAGAUGGGUCACAUGGAUGUAAUACUUACGGUGGAAGUGGGGAAGAUGGUAGACCUCGAAAAGACGAUAAUUCUGGAGCUAAUGGCCGUAAUGAUGGAUCUGAAAAAAAUGCCAGUGUUGGCAGACAUGUUCAAGUUUUAAGAGUAUACCGCCACCUUUAUUAA